AUGGCUCCCGUGACUACCUCUUCAAAUUUUGACUUUCUCACUUGGCUGGGCACUCUCCCAGCUAGUUCAAGUCCAGAGGGGCCCAAUGUUCUCUCCAAAGCUCUUCUAUUAUGUUGGCAAGUCUGGGAAGCUAGAAAUAACCUUAUUUUCAAAGAUGUUAUUCCCCAUCAUGUUCGUGUUCUCAAUGUGGCUGGGCAGGGUCCUUCAGCCCCACUUCACAUCAAAUGGAAGCCUCCUCCAUGGGGCUGGGUCAAGUUAAACUUUGAUGGCUCUGUCCGUAAUAACUCGGCUGCCCACUACUACAAUAUCCUUAAACCACGACAUAAAAUAGACGACGGUGCACCUUAA